UGCAGGAUGGUUCCAGGCUUCUGCCCCACAGUGUCCACGGCCUUCUGUCCCCAAGCCUACUCUCUACUACAGGUCUGACAGCAGCAGCUAUGGCAGAGGCAAUGAAGCUGCAGAAGAUGAAGCUGAUGGCCAUGAACAGCAUCCAUGGAGCAAGCAGUCAGAAUGGCACAGAGUCUGAAAAUGAAGAACUCAACUCCAACACAGGGGGCAGUGAGUCAUCCUGGGAUAAGGAAAAGCUGCAGUCGCCCCCCUCAUCCGGAGCACAGCAUGGUUUGGCCCAUGUCAGCCUCUCUGGUUCACACCUCACCUCACUACAGCAGAGCCACCUCCUGGCCAACCGUCUGGAUCUGCCUUUUAUGAUGAUGCCCCACCCCCUGUUGCCUGUCAGUCUGCCCCCUGCCUCUGUUGCCAUGGCAAUGAACCAAAUGAACCACCUCAACACCAUUGCCAAUAUGGCUGCUGCUGCACAGAUGCACAGCCCCUUGUCCAGAGCUGGAGCAUCCGUCAUCAAGGAGUGUGUGCAGGACAGUCCAUCUCCAGCUCCUUCCUUGGAGGAAACCCCUCGUCCAAGCUCACAGCCCUCUUCCCAUGCCAGCAGCAGUGUGUCCAGCUCUCCACAGCCACACCAACAGAGCCCUGAGGACCUAGUUCUGAAUCCAACUGAUAGCGAGCUUGCAGACAGAGAGACUGGCAUUCACAUGAAGAAAAUCAUCAAAGAGACAGAUGAAGCUCAGAUAACCUUGCCCCUAUUGAAGUCAGGUUUUGAGAAGCUUCCUCUUGCUGCUCAGACUCUUUCUCCAGGCUUUCCUUCUCCGUUCCUCUUCACUGAAGGCCUCUCUUCUGUUGAGACAUUGCUCACCAACAUCCAGGGUCUGCUAAAGGUAGCAGUGGACAAUGCUCGUGUGCAGGAAAAACAGGUGCAGCAGGAGAGGAAAGAGCUCAAGUUGGAGUUGUACAGAGAACGAGAAAUGAGAGAGAGUCUGGAGAGGCAGCUCACUUCUGAGCUCCACAGCCGAGCUACCAUCCAGAAGCGUCUGAAGAAGGAGAAGAAGGUGAAGAGGAAACUGCAGGAGGCUCUGGAUUUCGAGUCAAAGAGGAGAGAACAAGUGGAACAGGCCCUCAAACAAACUACCUCUCCAGAGAGCCUCUGCAUGAGUCUCAAUGAAGCAGUGAUACCAGAAGUGAAAUCUGAGCAUAAUGGCAAUCAGCAGGACUCAGCCAUGCAAGAGAAUAGACCAUACUCCAAACCUCCCAUUAUGUUCUGAGAUGGAUGAGAAACUCCUUUUUAUGUCCCUCCCCACCAGUAGAUGGCUUCCUCACUCCAUUUCUGAUCUUUUUGACACUGACGUUGGAGUUUUCAUAGAGGCAAGUGCUGAAGAUGAUGACCACCGAUCACCCAAACCUAUGUACAGGACUUGAGUGAGUGUGUGUAUAAUGGGGUCCAGUGCAAAUGUGCUGUACCUAAGAAGUGGUGCUUGUUGGUAA